AUGGAACCUCAAUUGCAACCUCAUCCUGCUGCCACCAAAGUAAUUGAUUUCAUGGAUUGGUCUUGCAGCACCACUGAAAAUCUGGAGAUAAGUUUAGUUCGUCCACAACAAGGCGAUAGUAACGCCAACGAACCUACAACAUCUACCACAUUUCAUCCUGAAUUUACAUAUUCCAUCUUUGGUGACCAUGAGACAGCAUUUGGAUACAAGGAUCUAUCCUUACAGCUGAAAUACGCUUCAGGCUCAUUACGACCUUUUGUUUCGAUGGAAUAUUCAGCAAAAUAUCAGCCAGCAAGCUCUUCCUCGUCUGUAGAACAGGUUCAAGCGGAUAAUGUACUCACAACAUUGGAAGAAUAUCUGCCCCAGGGCUAUUUGACCAGCCAUAACGAAUUCAUUGAUGUAGUGAGAAACGAUUAUACUACGUUUAAACCACUUGGCGAGAAGAUUCGUGAAUACACUCGAGAGAAGGAUGAUGGAUCUGUGGAGACAUUUGAAAUUUUCAAGAAUUCAUUUUCGAAUGCCAAGUUUAGAGAGUAUCAUUCGCGUAUGCAGUUAUUUGUUUUGUUCUUUAUCGAAGGAUCUAGUUAUAUUGAAGAUGAUGAUGAGAAAUGGGAGAUUUAUACGAGUUUCAAGCGCGAAAAGAUAAACGAGACCCAAGUUGCCUACCACUUUGUAGGCUAUAGCACAACAUAUCCAUUUUAUUGCUGGCCAGAGAACACCCGCAUGAGAAUCAGUCAGUUCCUGGUGCUCCCGCCCUACAAAAAGCAAGGCCAUGGAAGUAAAUUAUAUCAAACCAUCUACGAGUUAUUUAAAUCAAGAGACGACAUUUGCGAGAUUACAGUAGAGGAUCCCAAUGAAGAGUUUUCAGACAUGCGAGACAAGAACGAUAUUCGAUACUUGCUGGAACACGGUGCAUUUAAAGGGCUGAAAGCACCUGUAUCUCAAGACAAAAUUCAGGAAUUGUGCGACACAUACAAGUUGACAAAUCGACAAACCCAACGCUGCAUAGAAAUGUAUCUGUUAUCCAAUGUGAACAAACUGAACGCUGAAGAAUACAAGGCGUAUCGAUUGCAAGUCAAGCAAAGACUAUACUCGUUUAAUUUUGACGUGCUGAGGGAAAUGGAGGAAUCUGAACGAAAGGAGAAACUUCAACAGACCUAUCUCGGCGUGGAGGAAGAUUACUACAGACUGUUGGAAAUCAUCUAA